AGCCAUCCCCCUCAGCCGUCUUGUCUCCUAUAUCUUCACGGCCUAGCUUUUCUUCGACUGCUCGUCUUCUUCUUUGACAUUCUUCUGUUUGGGGCUACGUUUCUACCUUGAUUUGUCUGGUCGGCUCCUGGACAGCGUUGCUAUCUGCUCCUGUCUCACGCUUUGCAGCGUUCUGGGGAGACGGAUCAAACAACCCUCCGCCAUGGGUUCGGCUCCUUCAUUUGUUCUCUGCUCGAGCAGCAAUUCCUCCAUAUCACACCCAUCCCCGCCAUCGCAGUCUCUGUACUGCCAUCACUGCAGGGGGGUAAUCUCAUCGGGCCCUUCUGCUUUCCUUGCUGGACAGGGAAGGUUUGGAGUGAAUGGAGCCGGUGUUGCGGAAUGCCCGAGGUGUAGAGGGAAUUUCGUGGAGGUGUUAACAGAGCAUGAGCGAAGAAGAAUUCAGAUCAAUAGCCCACUUCGCCAGGUGCGGGUGGCAGCAACCAACAUCAUGCCGGGGAGGCGAGUUACUGCCAACGACAUUGUGUACACCUUCUUCUUGUUCGACAGCGACAUCAAUCGGGAGUUCAUGCGGGACUCAGAUCUUGAAGCAGCUAUCUCUCAAUCUCUUGACGAAGCCGCUGGGUCUCCGCAGAAGUCGACCUCGAAGAAGUUUCUUGAAGGCAUUCAGAAGGCAGGCGACACUGUCGCUGCUUCAGACAUCGUAAGGCAGGAAGUUUGCCCGAUCUGUGAGGAAACACUGAAAGAUGGAGAGGGCAUUCUCAGGCUGCCAUGCAGCCAUGUAUUCCAUGAUGACUGUAUCUGUCCCUGGCUGAAACAUCACAACACCUGCCCGAUAUGCCGGAAUGAGCUGCCCGCUGAGUGCGAUGAUCUCGACUGCAAGUCGCAGCGAACAUCAAGCAACCUGACAGAGACUUCAAUCUCGAUGCAAGUUGCAGCGGCAGCAGCUCGUAUCAACUUUGCUCAGUUAUUGCAACAAC